ACCCGCGUGCAUGCGUGCCAGAGAGGGGAUGCCUGUGGCGCUACCGUGAUCGGGACCAGCAGCCUCGCCGUUAUGUGCAGGCGCCCCUGCUGCUUCUGAGCCCUGCGACGCUCGCCUCUUCCGGCUCGCUACCUGUUUUGGUGGACUUUUACCUAAGGUGGUCCUUCCGCGGGCUCGCUCGAGAGAGAUCAGGCCUGCAUUAGGUUCUCUGUCCCUCCUUCCUUCGCUAAGGAAAGGACAGACCGGCUGCCGUCUUCCAGUCCUCGCCAGCGCUUACUCUAAACACGGCUCUUCAUGGCCUUCCAAACCAGCGUUUUGCGGGGUGGAGAAUGGGUGACCGAGACCGUCAACCUGCAAGCCGUGUUAGGGGCGCAGAAACAAGAUCCCAAGGCUCCCACGAUGCAUGAUGCUCCAAAGCCUCCAAGAUGCGGACUGCUCACGCGGAGUGUGGUUGAGAGCGCGCUUGCGAACUGGAUUCUGCCAGUCAGACUCCGGUCCCCAGAGUACAACGAUGUCGCGUUCAUAGGCGAUCGGUUUGUUCAAAUAUGCGAGCUCCGGAAAGAUGGACGUCUCAAGGACAUCGCCCGGAAGAGCGAUUUUGGCUGCCGCAUUCGCAAUGCGUGCGUGAUCGGAUCCCCAGCCAUCGCGGAUUCCGACAUGGAGAGCAACGAGUUGCCCUCUUCCCUGCCGGUUGUCAAAGCUGAGGACGACGACCCAGACCUGCUCGGCGUUUCUUCAUCCAGACGGACAGACGCAGUUGGACGAUUGCCGCCUCAGUUGUUGAUGCUGGUACUGGAAAACGGAGACAGCGUUUUCUUGUUUGCCCGAUCCGGGCCCGACCGCGAGCCCGAGUUUGUCACGUCGUGCUUCGGGAGGCCGUUUUGCGAGUUGACAUAUCUGGGAUUUCACCUAGCCGUCGAUCCGAGCUCGCGCUAUGUGGUACUGGCAAACCCCACAGAAUACUUCGCUGUCUACGAGCUCGACUCUCUUACCGAGGUCGACGGCAGGUACUCCCGCAAUGAAGUCCUCAAUCCGGUCAAUUCAUGGCGUUGCCGCAGCGUACGGGGAGUGAUUCAUAAGGUAGCGUUUCUGCACCCGCGGCCGGAGGAUCCCCAUCACAUCAUCCUCUUGCUUGUAGUCGCCAGACAUGGCAAGUCCAGGACCGUGAUCUAUGAGUGGGAGCUCGGGGACGACCUGACGGAGGUCUUUGCCGAGGAGAAACAAGGCCAUCGGCUGCCUGUCGAGCAUCAGGUGCCAUUACUCUUGAUCCCCCUGACGGUUCAGUCAGCGUUCAUCGCCGUAUCGCCGGAUCAGAUCGCCUUGUGCACCGAGUGCUUGCACGGGCCACCGAGGUUCGAGCCCGUGGCGAUACCAGCACGCCCUCCCACUGCCAACCAUCGGGGGCGGCACCAGCCACUGUGGACGGCGUGGGCAAGGCCUUUCCGUCGGUCCGGCUACAAUGUAAAUCGCGACUGCAUCUACCUCGCGCGGGAGGAUGGCGUGAUCACUUUCCUAGAAGCCCACGAGGACGGCUCUGCCGGCCUCAUUUUCAACAUGGACCCGUUUCCUUGCGCCAUAUCGAGGGCCUUUGCCUGUAUGCCCAACUCGGACCGUAGUACCGACGUAUUGAUUCUGGGCAGCGACGUGGGACCUGGCGGGUGUUGGAAGAUCCCUGCCCGGCAACCCGCCGAGCUGCUUGGGAUAUUGCCGAACUGGUCGCCGGUUGUCGACUUGACAUCUACAGAUGAAUAUUCAGGGUGGUGCCAGGAUGCUAGUCAAGACAAGGCCAUGGUUCCAUGGCAGCACGCCACAUGGCGGCAACCAGACCGCGUCUUUGGAACUGGCGAGAGCGCCAGCAAGGGUGCAAUCACGGAGUAUAGGUACGGGCUGAAAGCGGACAUCGCGUUGGACCUUGAAUACGGCCCUGGGGUGAAACAGGCGUGGCUUCUCCCCGCCCACAGCGGCUACUUGCUGCUGCUUUCCAUGCCUGACUGCUCGGCCGCCUUAAACUUGGCGAGCGACUUUUCCAGCGCCACCGCGGCCGCCCCGGAUACGAUACCCUACGACUUGGCAUCGACCACGCUGGUACUGGGGUGUGAUGGUGACCUGACAGUCCAGAUCACUAGGGAGAAGGUCGUAUUGGUCGCUCAGCAUCGAAGCGCCAGCUUCUCCUUCCAGACUCUGCCGGGGAUUCUGAAUGCUUCCGUAUCAGACGCCUACGCUCGCGGCGACUGUGUCGUUGUCUCGACGCACACCAACGCCAAGUUCCGAAUUCACGUCUACAAGAUCGACCCAGGGAAACUCACCCUUUCACACGUUCAGACGAUCGAUGUGGACGGAGAAGUCAGCUGUCUGUCGCUCGAUGCCAGUUACAACCUCUUUGCCGGUAUCAGGAAGGCUUCUCAGACGCUGCUGGGCCGCGGUUCGCUGCAACAGUCCUGUACUGACCUCCAGAGGGUCAACCUAGCCGGAGAUCUGCCAGAUCAGGAAGCGAGCUUCAGUUAUGGAUCGCCCUCUUUACUUGAAGGCGUCGAGAGUAUCGUCUCAAUCGGGGACACCGUUCUCCUGGGUACCAGAAGUGGAGAGGUAUUCACCGUGAGAAACCCUGCUGGCUCGCUCUCUAUUAUCGGCCGUGAGAAGUACGGUAGCUCAGUCGCGACUCUCACCUGCAGCCGCCGUGACGGCGCUUCCGACCCCACUAUAUUGGUGUGUUGCGACGGAAACCUCGUGUCUCUCAGCCUAGGUCAGCACGGCAGUCGCCGAUGCCGCGUCUGGCCGGUCGACGCCAGCAGGUUAGAGGCCCCAGCACCCAUGGUGCAGUAUGCUGCGGUUGUGGAUCUGCCGUGCGAGGAUGGGGCGACGCCGAUUCUCAUGAUAUCCGGCUCGAGGCUGUUGCUCGCCGAGAUGCGAGAGAAGCCCGGUCCCGCUAACCGCAUCAUUCCCGUCGACGGUUCGCCAAACAGGGUCAUGUACUGCCAAUCUACGCAGUGUCUAGUCGUUGCCGUGAACAGGGACUAUGGGCCGACCUUGGUGUUCCUCAACCCCGAUACGGGAGAAGACAUUGGCAGGCCAACGGAUAAGACCGGCGAGCCCCAAACGUGCAUCGCGGGGCUGGGGAGGGCGGGCGACCGGGUAAUGGGGCUGGCGGAAUGGCGGUACAAAAGGGACGGCAAUGUCUGGAAUUUCAUCCUCGUCAUCACAAAAGCCGGCCGUCUCAUUCUGGUCUCGACCCAGAAGAUGGGGACACGAGAGGGCGGCUCGCCGGCCAUUCGCUACUGGACGAGGUUCAGGAAGGACGUGAAGGAGCCGAUAUACUCGAUCCUGAGCUACGACGAGGGCUUGGUCUACUGCUUCGCUCGGACGAUCCAGUGGGAAGUGCUGGACCUCCAGGAGCGGAAGCUCAAGCCCGUGAAAUCCUUCGAGCUGGGCUCGCCCGCUACGGCCCUGCGCAUCUCCAACGGCAAGCUCGUGGCCCUGACAAGCGCCGAGUCUCUGGUCGUCCUCGACCACUUCCACGCGGAGGCAGACAAAAUCAGGCUCUGCCAUGUAGACCCGUGGCGGCGGAACGGCGUCGACUUCUUCGAGUCCACCGGUCCGGAUCUCAACGACGCGAGCGGCGGCAUCUUCCUCGUGGCGGACAGGGACUGCAGUGUCACAGGCCUCUGGGUGCCGUGGCAGAUCCCGGACAAGGAAUGUGAAGUGGUGGUAGAGGCGGAGCUUCCCUCCUCCAUCAGAAGGUUCCGUCGGGUGAGGACGCGGCCCAUGUGGGAGCGGGGGCAAAGGAGGGGCCCCAGGUACGGCCGGCUCCCGGCCACGGUGGACGACGCCGAAGUCCUGGGCGUCUCCCUCAACGGCGCCAUGUACCACUUCACGCUGCUGAGCGUUGAGGCCUGGCGGCUGCUGCGCUUCAUCCAGAACAUGGCGCUUGCCAUCCCGGAGGCGAGCCCGGCGCAGCGCGAUCGGUCUGCUGUCAAUAAGGAGAUAGAGCCGGUGCGUCCCCCGCCGGAAAUGCAUGUUGAUGGCGACAUACUCCGGCGCUGUUUAGAGAAGAGGACGUUGGAGCAGCUGGUGGCCACACAAGGCCAGCUGCCGAGGCUCCUAGAGCUCUUGGGAGAGCUGGACGGCGGUCAACAUGUCGUUGACUUCUCGGAGGGAGAGCCGUCACGGUAUUUCCAGCUGGCGUAUGAUGUCUUGGAGUACUAUCUGUCGCCGGUCUUAUGAUGGAAUAGGAAUGGAUGGUACACAGGUCACUGUAUUUGGGCAUUGGCUGUGAAGGCCGCGUCAAUGCAGUACCACAAUAUGCGUACGCCGAUGAAAAAGGGGGGGCAUUCUUUUCUUGGCACCUUGCAACCCGUUGUAAACCUUUACUGCAUCGCUGUCUGCCUGUGGCUCGUGGAGGCGAGCGGACAUAAAUUUGAUUUGGACCUACACUGUGCCCGAAAAGGUCUCUGUGUAACACCGUGACUUUUGUCCCUGGUUCGUCCCAUCACAACCUCUCUCGUGCCUCCCCGUCGAAAUGGCCCGGCCCAAUAUCUACCCCUCCGCCCCGCCGACCUUGCCGGGAACCUUGGAGACCUAAGUAGGAUAACCCGGCACGCCCAGAAUAUGUAUCGUAUCAGUUGGCUGAAGUUGCAUCCGCAAUCUGAAGAGCAUU